AUGGACUCAGAACAAUGGUCGGUGGUGACUGAGCCUCAUGUCAUGACCUCGAAAGGCCUUCGGAAGCCCGACAUAGUAGCCGCUAAAGGAGGCGUCGGAGUGAUCGUGGACGUCCAGGUAGUCUCGGGCCAGCGGCCCCUCGAUGAUGCUCACCGUGAGAAACGUAGUAAAUACUACUCACUAGGGACUACUAGGGACUCACGAGGAGCUAGUUGA